AAUGCAAUAAUAAACAAAAGAUAAUUGCGUCUGCGAUAAUGGAAAUAGAAUUUUACAGAUUGUGAAAAUUUUUGCAUUAUUAUCUUGCAGCAGAUAUUCCAACUGUAUAAGGUAUAUAAAUAAUCUACCCUAAUCCAAGGAAGUUACGGUAACACGGCACGAUAAAUAGAUUUUAACUAUCUUCUGAAAUUGAUAUCGGAUUAAUUUAGCUUUUUAGAAACCGUGAAUGGUCAACGCCAUUUAAAAAAAUAAUGUUUCCGCCCGGGAUCGAACCGGGGACCUUCCGCGUGUUAGGCGGAUGUGAUAACCACUACACCACGGAAACUAUAUACUUGUAAAGUUUUGGUUAAAUAAAUCACUUCAGUUUCGCAACUCGAACAGUUAAAUUUGACCCAGAAUUUUCUCCCGUAUAUCAUUUUAUUGAAUUUUAUUAUACGUUUCAAUGAUAGCAGAAUCGAGGGGACGAGAAAUCUACAGUUUCUCAUCGCGAUAGUCAGUUCGAAAAUGUGAUAUUUAUACCUAGAUGAAACAUAUCUAUACUGCUUAUUUUAUAAUUGCCGGAUGUAUAGAUAAGAAACAAACCGCAGAGUUGUAUGCGCAUCAACUACACGAAUUUCAUGUCCUUUGUGUUUGCAGAGAAUUUUUUUGCUCAUUUAUUGUUCAGUCGUUCAGCGGUUGCAGUACAUUCUCUAGGCUCGUAUUUAAGUCUUUGUUUCAAACGGUCCGUCGGGAGAUGAAAUAAAAAAUGACGGAUACAGAAAUCGCACCGAAACCAUUCAAUGUACGUUUUUUUAUCCUGGCUCCUCCAGUGACGUUACUACUGUUUGGACAAGCGUUGACAGGAACGGUCCUGACUGACUUAAUUUUGUACCGCACCUGUCUAUUCUCACUGAAUAUCAAUCGCACCGAGUGCAAUAUCCUUCGAACCAAUGCCAGUAGCCCGGAAGCAAUCAAGUUGGAGGCGGAAGUUCAGCCGUACGCAAGUAUGAUCCUGUUGGCGAAGUCGUUGACAGAAAAUUUUUUGCCAGCAGUCGCUUCUCUGUUUCUUGGUUCUUGGAGCGAUCGAGCUGGAAGAAGACCGCUUUUUUUAUUAUCGUUAGCAGGUUUUACCAUACUGCACGUAUCACACACUCUGAUUUCAAUUUGGGACACGAAUCCUUGGUACUUGGUGAUCCCUUCGGUCCCAGCAUUUAGCUUCGGUGGAGUUUGUGCCGUGAUGAUAGCAGCGAUGUGUCAUAUCUCUGAUAUUACUGCGGAAAAGGAGAGAACGAUGCUCAUGACUUGGCUUCAGGCAUCGGUGUUUCUCGGAAUUAUACUCGGCAGAUUUAUCACGCCUUGGAUUUUCGAACACUAUGGUUAUACAGCUGUAUUCGGCGCAUCGGCGGUAUGCUGCAUAUUGGCGUUAACUUACACUUACUUCAUUGUCCCAGAAACAGUGAGAGAUGCCUCUAAGGAAUCGAUACGUGAAGUAUUUAGGAUCUCUUCCAUUCGAGAACUUCUUCUCAGCUCCUUGCAGAAGCGAAAUGGUUUUCAUCGACCGGUUGUCUGGUUCGCCAUUUUCGCCCUUACUCUGACUGGAUUGGUUUUCCAAGGAGAAAUCAGCAUUGAAUUUUUAUUUACAAGAGCGCGGCUGGGCUGGGAUGUCCAACAUUAUUCUUAUUGCAGCGGCAUUGGUUACAUGCUGAGUAUGCCAUGCAUAGUCAUUGGAGUCACAUUAUUCAGUCGCGUUUUAGGCUUCUCAGAUACUCUUAUAAGUGGCAUAGCAUUCGCAGCGUGUCUGGGCGGUUCGCUCACAGAAGCUCUCGCGACGAAAAGUUGGCACAUUUAUCUCGCGGCUAGUAUCGGAUUUUUUGGUGGAGCUGUGGAACCUGUCAUGCGAUCUGUAAUAUCAAAGUCCGUACCUGCAGAAGACAUUGGCAAAGUUUUAUCCCUCACCAAAUCACUCGAAACGUUAAGUCCGUUGGCCGGAGCUCCACUCUACACAUUAAUUUAUUCCCAUUAUUUACCACCGAUAUAUCCAUCGCCCGUUUACCUCCUUUCGACAAGUUUCUUCGCCGUGUUGAUACUUGUCACAGUGGGCAUAGGAAUACUAAUCCGAAAGUCUCGCGAUAUAAGCUACGUUCCUGUCAUUGCAGAGGAUAAUUAAAGUUCACGGUGGUAGUUAAGAUUCAACCAUGUCUAUGGUUUCAUUCCUGUAAAACAAUAGCGAGAUUCGAUGUUUAAACAAGCCAUUCUAUAAUUUAAAUAAUUUUUUAUCAUAACGCAAAAUAAAGUUAAACAGCCGCUUUAAACUCUCAUUUCGCCGUAAUUCCACUUGGGGCAAUCUGCAAAGUUGAUAUACUUGCAUGUAUGAUUAUUAAAAAUAUCAUUACACCAACUAACUGCGUAUUACAUGUAUGUCCUAUAUAAUAUGUAUUUAGAUUGCUGAUUUGUCAUAAUAUUUUAUUAAUGAUUGAGCACCCACGUGUCGGUAAAUCACGCAAUACGAUAUUGGUAAGUCCCCGAGACCGAAAUACGCGGAAUAAACGGGUUAUCUGUAAAGUGCAAAUGUAUACCAGUACCUCACAUAUCCAUAAUCCCUGGUAGCUGCGAAGAGCUACAUUGUGACCCGGGGAUUUCCCUUCUACCUCGAGGAAUACAUAAUAAAUCUCUUCGCUAUCGGCGUCCAUAAAAGCUGUCGGAGAGUCGAGAAUCGUCACUCGCAGUUCCAGAUCAGA